AUGGACCUGAUCUGGCUGCUGCUGCUCAGCCUGCUGGAGCCCGGCUGGCCGGCCGCGGGCCCCGUGGCGCGGCCGCGGCGGGAUGCGGGCGGCCGCGGCGGCGUCUACGAGCACCUCGGCGGGGCGCCCCGGCGCCGCAAGCUCUACUGCGCCACGAAGUACCACCUCCAGCUGCACCCGAGCGGCCGCGUCAACGGCAGCCUGGAGAACAGUGCCUACAGCAUCCUGGAGAUAACGGCGGUGGAGGUGGGCGUUGUGGCCAUCAAGGGGCUCUUCUCCGGGCGGUACCUGGCCAUGAACAAGAGGGGUCGGCUCUACGCUUCGGAGAGCUACAACGCCGAGUGCGAGUUCGUGGAGCGCAUCCACGAGCUGGGCUACAACACCUACGCCUCCCGCCUGUACCGCACGGCGCCCAGCGGGCGCGGGGCCCGGCGCCAGCCCAGCGCCGAGAGACUGUGGUACGUGUCCGUGAACGGCAAGGGCCGGCCCCGCCGGGGCUUCAAGACACGCCGCACGCAGAAGUCCUCUCUCUUCCUGCCCCGCGUGCUGGACCGCAAGGACCACGAGAUGGUGCGGGUGCUCCUGGGCACUGCCGGGCUGCGCGGCGGCCAGGCCAGGCCUCCUCCCCCGAGCAGGGCCGCUUCCACGCGGCAGCGGCGGCGGCGGCAGCAGAGAAGGCCGCGGGACCGGGACCGGGGAGGCCGAGCUUAGCCCCCGCCCCGGGGAGGGAGCGGAGGCCGUGAGCGUCCCCGCCCCGCGGCCGGCUCCGAGCUCAGGCUGCCAGGACCGGGGUACAGACCAGACGAUGGAGGCCUGGAGUCCCCGCCGUCCAAGCCGACCCGGGCGUGCAGGGCUCCACCCCUGACUUCCGUGCUCUCGUCCUUCCCACCUGGCAGCCGGCUGCUCCGCCCAGGCCAACGGAAUACACCCCCCCCAACCCUUCCUGCUUCUCUCAAACAACCAGCACGUCAACGCAGCAAGGAGCCCCCGUCCUGGCUUGGAGUGGGCUGCUGUAAACGGGACACUUGUGCGUUUUCUACGGCUGGGAGCACCCUUGCCCACACGGGGAGGAUCAGCUGGAGCAAGGGGUCCUGGCUGUUGGAGGUGCUGUGGGACAAUGGGGUGGGGGCGGGGGGAGUGAUCAAAAGUAUUUUGCUCUACGUUGUUAUUUAAUAGAUGAGGAUGCAGCCUGCAGACACACUUGAAGGUUUUACUUGAAAGAAUCUGCUUGUGAUGAUGAUGGAAUCUGUGCCAAACUGAUGUCUUAAGAUGUAUGAUCGUAUCUG